AUGCCCAUGUGCCUUGAGCCGCAUCAUACAGAAUGCAUUGAAGCGUUCUGCCAGGCUUACAUGCAACGCGCGCUCCCCUUGAUCGACGCUGCCAAACUAGAAGCCACCAUCAAGCAUUUCUGGCUAGAUACGCUGACAGCAUCCAAUUCUCAAAUGGUGCAGCAUGCGCCGCUGAUCCUUGAGUACAAGCGCAUUGAUACCGUCUUGCAGCUCUCUGAUGUAGAGUUCAAAUUGCUCCAGGUUGUUCCGGCAGGGGACAAAAGGACAGUGACGGUGUGGUUGGCACAGAUGGCAGUGAGCCAUCCUACCGAAUCUACACAGGGCGUGCCCCAGGAGCUCAAACAUGCUGCUAUGGACCUUCUGAGUUGCGGGCAUGUUGAAGCAGCAAAGCGCAGGUUGGAUGUUCUGAAAGCUUGCGUUGCAAAGGCGCACGCGGCUUAA